AUGGCCACCAUUCGAACAUACAACGAUGCGAUUGACGCACUCAACACGCUGCAGACGCCUUAUGAAGUUAUUGAAGCCCGCCGCAAGGCCGGCAUCAAGCCGGAUGCCACCUCCAUCCGGGAUAUGCGCAUCUAUCUCAACCGCAUCGGCUACUCGCCAUCCGACCUGGACCGCCUUAACAUUAUCCACGUAGCCGGAACCAAGGGCAAGGGCAGCACAUGCGCCUUUGUCGACGCUAUCCUGGCCCAGUACCGCCAAGCCCUCGACAACGCCGCCGCUCCCUCCUUGACCAAGACCGGCCUUUUCAUCUCACCGCACCUCAUCGCCGUGCGGGAGCGCAUACGCAUAAACUCGGCGCCUAUCUCUGAGGAUCUCUUUGCCAAGUACUUUUUCGAGGUCUGGGACCGCCUCGAGUCAUCGUCGUCGACGCAGAACAAUGAAGACAACGGCGACGGCCCUUCACCCGGCAGCAAGCCCAUCUACGGCCGCUUUCUCACCCUCGUCAGCUGGCACGCAUUUCUGCAGGAGCGCGUCGACGUCGCCGUCUACGAGACGGGCGUCGGCGGCGAGUUUGACGCCACCAACCUCGUCCCGCGCCCGCUCGCCGCAGGCAUCACCACGCUCGGCAUCGACCACGUCCUUGUCCUCGGCAAUACCGUCGCUAAGAUUGCUUGGCACAAAGCUGGCAUCAUGAAGCCGGGCAGCCCGGCCUUUUCCGUCGAGCAGCUCCCUGAGGCUACUGCGGUGCUGCGUGAGCGCGCGACUGAGAAGGGCGUCGCGCUGACCGAGCUGCCUAUCGACCCGCGCCUUGACGGUGUGCGAGUCAAGCCGGCAGCAACCUUCCAAAAGCGCAACGCUUCGCUGGCGGUCGCGCUGGCGGAGACGGCCCUCGAUCAACUCGGCGUCGAGAUGGACAGGGGCGAGGACGGCAAGAGCCUGCCGCAGGAGUUUGUCAAUGGCUUGGAGAGGACGGCCUUUCGCGGCCGAUGCGAGGUCAAGGCCGAGGACAAGAUAGCGUGGCACGUAGACGGCGCGCACACGGCCGACAGCCUCAAGGUGUCCGCCAAGUGGUUUGCCAGCGAGACGGAAAAAAGCACCGGCCCGCGCGUUCUCAUCUUCAACCAGCAAGGCCGCGCCGAGGCCGUCGACUUUCUCGCCUCCAUCCACGCCGCCAACGCGGAGCGGCCCUUUGAGCAUGUCAUCUUCUGCACAAACGUCACGUACGCCGCGACCGGUUACAAGCGCGACUUUGUCAACCGCCAGGUCGACCCGGCCGAGGUCGCCAGCAUGACGGCGCAGCGGCGCUUCGCCGACGCCUGGGCACGGCUCGACCCGGCCGCCGACGUGCGCGUCCUGCCCACCAUCGAGGAGGCGCUCGCCUGUGCGCGUGGCCUCGGCGGCGGCAGCGGUGUCGUGCAGGCCUACGUCACCGGCAGCUUGCACCUGGUGGGAGGCGCGCUGGGCAUCUUGGAGCAGGCAGACGCGCUGUAG